AGACUGGAAUCUUAUAAAUGUGGUUUUUGAGUCUCAGUGUCAGUGUGUUACAAGACAACCGCAAACGGUUUGAACUUUGAAGGUCGUUGUUCACUCUCUACUCUCUUUCACUCUCGCAAGGAGCUCCGUUAUGGACCUUCGGCUAGGGUUUUUCCGUUCAUUAUCUUGCUUACAGUUUUUUCUAAUUUUAUCUUUGGUAGAAGCAAACAAUUUCUCAACAAGGCUUCUUUUGACUUCCAAUGCCAACACAACGGGGGAAAGGCAUUCCGAGGAUUAUUGUGCAAUGUAUGACAUUUGUGGAACGCGCAGUGAUGGUAAAGUAGUGAACUGUCCAUAUGGUUCCCCGGCUGUGAAGCCAGAUGAUUUGCUUUCAUCAAAGAUCCAAAGUUUGUGUCCAACAAUUACUGGGAACGUUUGUUGUACAGAAGCUCAGUUUGAAACAUUAAGGACGCAAGUCCAACAGGCAAUUCCUUUUCUUGUAGGUUGUCCAGCAUGCUUAAGAAACUUUUUGAAUCUGUUCUGUGAGCUUACAUGUUCUCCAAAUCAGAGUUUAUUUAUCAAUGUGACUUCAGUUGACAAUGUUGGUGGUAAUUUGACAGUGGGUGGGAUUGAUUAUUUUGUAACUGAUGCUUUUGGUGAAGGGUUAUAUGAAUCCUGCAAGGAGGUAAAGUUUGGCACUAUGAAUUCUCGAGCUCUACAAUUUAUUGGUGCCGGUGCUCAAAAUUAUAAAGACUGGUUUUCUUUUAUUGGUAGAAAAGCUGCCCCUCAUGGUCUUGGUUCACCUUAUGCAAUUACAUUCUGGCCAAAUGCAACCGCAUCAUCUGACAUGAAACCUAUGAAUGUUUCAACUUAUUCAUGUGGUGAUAUUUCUCUUGGCUGUUCUUGUGGUGACUGUCCUUCGUCUUCAGUAUGCUCUAAUUCAGCUUCAACUACCACCAAUAAGAAGGAUUCCUGCUCAGUGAAAGUUGGGACUUUAAUGGUGAAGUGUGUUGACUUGAGUUUAGCAGUCUUAUACAUUAUAUUGAUUUGCGUGUUCUUGGGUUGGGGGUUGUAUCAUCGGAUAAGGGAAAGAAAACCGACGUACAGAACAAAAUCAGUGUCCAAUGUCAUUAGUGAUGGUGCGCUGUAUUCUCAUAAUAGGGAGAAGGAUGAGAACCUCCCAAUGCAGAUUCAUAUGAUGGAAGAUGCUCAACAAAACAGAAAUAGAGUUCGGCUCUCGGCUGUACAAGGAUAUAUGACAAAUUUUUACAGGAAAUAUGGAUCAUAUGUAGCUAGACAUCCAAUUAUGGUGCUGGCUUCAUCCCUGGCUAUAGUUCUUCUCCUCUGUCUAGGUCUAAUCCGAUUCAAGGUUGAGACACGACCUGAGAAGCUCUGGGUAGGACCUGGGAGUAAAGCAGCACAAGAGAAGCAGUUUUUUGACACUCAUCUUGCUCCAUUUUACAGAAUUGAACAGCUCAUUCUGGCCACUGUUCCAGAUCAUGUAAAUAGUACAUCAACAAGAAUUGUGUCAGAGGACAACAUUAGGUUUCUGUUUGAAAUACAGAAAAAGGUUGAUGCAAUUCGUGCUAAUUAUUCUGGCUUGACGGUAUCUCUCCAAGACAUCUGUAUGAAGCCACUAGACAAAGAUUGUGCCACUCAAAGUGUCCUUCAGUACUUCAAAAUGGAUCUAAAAAAUUUUGAUGAUUAUGGGGGCAUAGAGCAUCUCAAUUACUGUUUUGAGCAUUAUUCCUCAGCAGACCAUUGUAUGAGUGCAUUUAAAGCUCCUCUGGAUCCAAGCACUGUAUUAGGAGGUUUUUCUGGGAAUGAUUAUUCUGAGGCAUCUGCGUUCAUCGUAACAUAUCCAAUAAAUAAUGCUAUUAAUGAAGAAGGUAAUGGAACCAGAAAGGCAGUUGCUUGGGAGAAGACCUUUAUUCAGUUGGUGAAGGAUGAGCUGUUACCGAUGGUACAAUCAAGAAAUUUGACACUGGCUUUUUCAUCUGAAAGCUCUGUUGAGGAAGAAUUGAAAAGAGAAAGUACUGCAGAUGCUAUUACGAUAUUGGUUAGCUAUCUUGUGAUGUUUGCUUACAUAUCUCUUACUUUAGGGGAUACCCUCCACCCUUCGUCUUUCUAUAUUUCAUCUAAGGUGAUGCUUGGUCUUUCAGGAGUAAUUCUUGUUAUGCUGUCUGUCAUUGGAUCAGUUGGAUUUUUUAGUGUGCUUGGUAUAAAAUCUACUCUGAUCAUCAUGGAAGUUAUCCCAUUUCUUGUCCUAGCUGUUGGGGUGGAUAAUAUGUGUAUACUAGUUCAUGCUGUAAAAAGACAAAAGCUGGAGUUGCCCUUAGAAGGACGAAUAAGCAAUGCACUUGUUGAAGUUGGACCAUCAAUAACAUUGGCCAGUGUAUCAGAGGUUUUAGCAUUUGCAGUUGGGAGUUUUAUUUCCAUGCCUGCAAUUCGUGUGUUCUCCAUGUUUGCUGCAUUGGCUGUUCUUUUGGACUUCCUCCUGCAAGUUACCGCUUUUGUAGCUCUGAUAGUUCUUGACUCCUUACGGGCAGAGGAUAAGAGAGUUGAUUGUUUUCCAUGCAUAAAAGUACAUGCGGACCCUGAUAUAGGAACUGGACGAAGAAAACCUGGUUUAUUGGCUCGAUACAUGAAGGAGGUUCAUGCUCCCAUUCUGAGUAUUUGGGGAGUAAAAAUAGUUGUCAUAGCUAUUUUUGUGGGAUUUGCAUUGGCUAGCAUUGCAUUGAGCACUAGAAUUGAACCUGGUUUAGAACAAGAGAUUGUUCUUCCUCGAGAUUCAUAUCUUCAGGGUUAUUUCAAUAAUGUUUCAGAAUAUCUCAGAAUUGGACCUCCUGUGUAUUUUGUUGUGAAAAACUAUAACUACAGCUCAGAAUCAACGCAUACAAAUCAGCUUUGCUCCAUUAGCCAUUGCAAUUCAGACUCUCUUUUAAAUGAGAUUGCUAGAGCGGCCCUUGUACCAGACACAAGUUAUAUUGCCAAGCCAGCUGCCUCAUGGCUUGAUGAUUUUCUUGUGUGGGUGUCUCCAGAAGCAUUUGGGUGCUGCAGGAAGUUUACAAAUGGGAGUUAUUGCCCUCCUGAUGAUCAGCCUCCUUGCUGUGCUCCUGGGGAAAGCUCUUGUGUUUCAGUAGGAACAUGUAAAGAUUGCACAACGUGUUUCCGUCACUCAGAUCUCCAUAAUGAUCGUCCAUCUACAACACAAUUUAGGGAGAAACUGCCAUGGUUUCUUAGUUCUCUGCCAUCUGCUGAUUGUGCAAAAGGUGGUCAUGGAGCUUACACCAGCAGUGUUGAACUGAAAGGCUACGACAAUGGCAUUAUUAAAGCAUCGUCAUUUCGUACUUAUCAUACCCCACUCAACAAGCAGAUUGACUAUGUUAAUUCUAUGAGGGCUGCUCGAGAGUUCAGUUCAAGAGUUUCUGAUUCUUUGAAGAUUGAGAUCUUUCCAUAUUCAGUGUUUUAUAUGUUUUUUGAGCAAUACCUUCAUAUAUGGAAGACUGCACUGGUCAACCUUGCUAUAGCUAUUGGUGCAGUAUUUAUUGUGUGCUUGGUUAUCACGAGCAGUUUAUGGAGCUCAUCAAUCAUUUUGUUGGUAUUGGCAAUGAUUGUGGUUGAUCUUAUGGGUGUGAUGGCCAUUCUGAAUAUCCAAUUGAAUGCACUCUCGGUGGUCAACCUUGUUAUGUCAGUGGGCAUUGCUGUUGAGUUUUGUGUGCAUAUGACUCAUUCUUUCACUGUAGCAAGUGGAGACAGAGAUCAACGUGCUAAGGAGGCUUUGGGUACAAUGGGUGCUUCAGUGUUCAGUGGUAUCACACUAACAAAGCUGGUUGGAGUUAUUGUUCUUUGCUUCUCAAGAACAGAAGUGUUUGUGAUUUAUUACUUUCGGAUGUACUUGUCAUUGGUACUUCUUGGUUUCUUGCAUGGACUUGUUUUCUUGCCGGUAGUAUUAAGCAUCUUUGGUCCACCUUCAAGAUGUUCAAUCAUUGAGCAAGAGGAAGAUCGUUCAUCAACCUCUUCAUAGCUGUAAACUACUCAUUGGACGAUGGGAUGUCCGCAAGUAGUGCAGAAGCAUCUGUAAAGUACAGAAAUUUAUAGGCGAAACAGAAGAUAGGAAAUACAGCAAUUUUGACAUAUCCGCCCCCUAACUUGUGUAUCAUGGCUCUUGUACCUAUUUAAUAAUCUCUUGUGUGUAAGGUUAAGGUGGAAGUUUGCCAAAAACCAAAUUAAAAGGUUAAUUUAAUCUAUAGGCCUAGUGUUAUUAACUAAUCGAGUGUCUAUAUUUUUUUUAGUUAGAAUUCUUUAUAGUUUGAAAACUUUUAUUUAAAUCCGUACAGUUAUAAGUUUUUAUAAUCGAGUCUUUACAAGUUAACACCAGUUA